CUCCGCACCUUUCUCCUGCCAGAGCUGGGGCGCAGGCUGCCGGACCUCAGCCCCGACGGCGCCGGCCCGGUCGCGGGUUCCUGGGCGCCGCACCUGCUGCACGGGGUCCCAGAGGUGACGGCCAACCCCGUGCCCACCUGGGACGCACCCCCAGACAAUGUCUCCGGCUGCGGGGAGCAGAUCAACUACGGCAGAGCCGAGAAAGUUGUGAUCGGCUCCAUCCUGACGCUGAUCACGCUGCUGACGAUCGCCGGCAACUGCUUGGUGGUGAUCUCGGUGUGCUUCGUCAAGAAGCUCCGCCAGCCCUCCAACUACCUGAUCGUGUCCCUGGCGCUGGCCGACCUCUCGGUGGCCGUGGCGGUCAUGCCCUUCGUCAGCGUCACCGACCUUAUCGGGGGCAAGUGGAUCUUUGGCCACUUCUUCUGCAACGUCUUUAUCGCCAUGGACGUCAUGUGCUGUACAGCCUCGAUCAUGACCCUGUGCGUGAUCAGCAUCGACAGGUACCUGGGGAUCACGAGGCCGCUGACGUACCCUGUGAGACAGAACGGGAAAUGCAUGGCCAAGAUGAUCCUCUCCGUUUGGCUCCUCUCCGCCUCUAUCACUUUACCGCCACUCUUCGGCUGGGCUCAGAACAUCAACGAUGGCAAGGUGUGCUUGAUCAGCCAGGAUUUUGGCUACACAAUUUACUCCACCGCUGUGGCAUUUUACAUCCCCAUGUCUGUCAUGCUUUUCAUGUACUACCAGAUUUACAAGGCAGCCAGAAAGAGUGCUGCCAAGCACAAGUUCCCCGGCUUCCCUCCUCGUCUGGAGGAGCCGGACAGCGUCAUCGCCCUGAACGGCAUGGUAAAGCUCCAGAAGGAGGUGGAGGAAUGUGCAAACCUUUCGAGACUCCUCAAGCACGAACGGAAAAACAUCUCCAUCUUUAAGCGGGAACAGAAGGCAGCCACCACCUUGGGGAUCAUCGUCGGAGCCUUCACUGUGUGCUGGCUGCCAUUUUUCCUCCUCUCGACAGCCAGACCCUUCAUCUGUGGCACAGCCUGCAGCUGCAUCCCGCUGUGGGUGGAGAGGACAUUUCUGUGGCUGGGCUAUGCAAACUCUCUCAUUAACCCCUUUAUCUAUGCCUUCUUCAACCGGGACCUGAGGACCACCUACCGCAGCCUGCUCCAGUGCCAGUACCGGAAUAUCAACCGGAAGCUCUCGGCUGCAGGCAUGCACGAGGCCCUGAAGCUUGCUGAGAGGCCCGAGAGGCCUGAGCUUGUGCUACAGAACUCUGACUACUGUAGAAAAAAAGUCAUGAUUCAUGAUCAAAAGUGAAAUAAUAGAGAUGAAAUAAACAAGGGCAAGACAGAGGUGGAAACCGAACAAAGUCAUUUGCCGAGACGGCGGAAUGGAAUGCUGCUUCCGGCCUUUUUUGGGAUGGCUAACAUGUGACCAGCAAAGUUUUUCAGCUGUACAGAGUCUAUUACAAGGGAGACGGUGACCUCUCCUUUUCUUCUGUGGAUCAGUGCUGCUGUGUGCACAUGAAAAUAGUUCUCCGUUUCCGAUGGUCCAAUGAGCUCAGCAGUAAGCACACGCACAGAACUGAGUUCCAGAAAGGAAACAGUUUCUGGUGCUUUGCUUCUGUCCAAGUCCAAGUUCUGUGCAAGUGGAAGAAAGUUCCCAUGCAACUUUCCAUGCUUCUGAGUCUGGGCCUUGGGGUGAAUAUUCAGGAAUCAUUCAUGAGACAGAUGUAUUUUGUCAUAGGACAGAAGGGUGUUUUCCCAAGCAAACUGCGGUAAGCCUAGUGCUGAACACAUUGCAUGUCCACGUUAGAAAACAGAACCCCAUCAUCAGCAAAUACAAGUGAUCUCCCAGAGCCGUGUCUGUUUAAAGCUUCUGUCAGUUUGGCUUUUCCGCAGGGUCCCUGUGACUCCCCCACCAAUGUACUUUCCUUGUUAACUCGCUUCUUGUUACGGUGUAUCUCAGGAACAGAUCUCAGGAUGGAGAGAAUCAUAAAACCUGAAUAAAGCUUUUUCCUGCA